UUUGUUUUUCUGUUUUUCUCGCGGUAAGCAGCGAUAACGUUUACAUAAGGGUCUCUUCGUUGGCAAGAGUGCUGGAAGUCAUUGAUAUUCAUAGAUUGCUUUCUGAAUUACGAAAUGUGCUAUUUUACUCGAAGUGAGGUGCCUUGCUCAACGCGUAAGUCAUGCCUCCAGGAUUAGUAUGCUCAACCAUGCAAUACCUGGGCAUAUCAAGAAGAUUUGACUGUCUUCUACCCAGAAGAUGAUAUUUUUAGUGUUUGCCCUGAAUUGACUGCUAGACAGAAACCAGCUUGAACGUCAGCACACGCACACACACAAAAAAAAAAACAUGGCUUUUGACAGGAAGUAUGUGCGGGGGCUCGGUGACGAGGGUCUCUGUGAUUUCUGUGAUAUGGGCAUCACACCCACCAGCGAGCUGGAGCGGGUGCUGAGAAGUGAAGUGUUUCCGACUAAGAGAUUAUGCCAAUUUUGUGCCAAAGACAUUAAAGGGACAGAUAGUCAGUGCGCUGACCCCGUUCCGAUGAAAGCAGCCUGUGUAUCACCUUGCCCAGCUUUCAAGUCACGUCAGUAUUGGAGAAAGAGAUCGCUUAUAGAGUUGAGGGAGCUAGACUGUGAGCAACUGAUGGUACUUUGUAGUGAGCUAUCCUACCUCAUUAAAGAAAUUUCGUACAACCUGGGUCCACUUUUAGAAGAACGGCACGACCUUCUAGAGGAACUGGAUGCCCGGAACAUUGUUAUUCAGCAACUGCUGAAGCUUACGUGCCAGCAGACAGCACUCGAUCACCGUCCUAUUCAGAUGUCAGUGAUCUUCCCGGAAGACGACAUCGAGGACUUGAAUGAAACUCCAGAGAAAGAAUAACGUUGGUGCCUACUCGGUGUUCUAAUGCUUUUAUAGUAUUUCCAAAGAUGUGUUCAUAUACCUCUACAACAGGACAUUGCAGCCAUUGUUUUUGAGCGCCUUGGCAAGGGUCGUUAGAACGUUUCACUCAAUGCUUCAUGUUGUUGGUGCUGCGCCUGUAAGAUUGUGUAAUACAUACUAUUAUUGCAAAAUAUUAAAGAAUAUCUCGAAAAUA